AUGUAUCAGCACAUAGAACUGGCACCUUUAGACUGGCUGCAGUAUCAGCACAUAGAACUGGCACCUUUAGACUGGCUCCCACACUAUCAGCACAUAGAACUGGCACCUUUAGACUGGCUCCCACACUAUCAGCACAUAGAACUGGCACCUUUAGACUGGCUCCCACACUAUCAGCUGCUGGUUCCCACACUAUCAGCACUAUCAAACCUGGAACGCAUGGUUCAAGACAUUGAGUUUGUCCAGAUCGAGAUGAAAGUCAUUGAGGGGCUUAAGGUUGGAAAUGACUGCCUGAAGAGUAUGCAUGAGGCCAUGUCACUAGAGGACGUGGAGAGGAUCAUGGAUGAGACCCAGGAUGCUAUAGAAUACCAGAGGCAAAUAGAUGAGCUGCUGUCAGGCUCCCUGACUCAGGAGGAUGAGGAUGCUGUGCUAUCUGAGCUGGAGGCUAUCACUCAGGGAGAAGAUGUAGAACUUCCAGAGGUCCCCACUGAGCCACUACCAGAGGUCCCAGAACCAGCUGAGACAGAGCCAGAGAGAAGACCAGCAAGGAACAAGGAGAACAGAGAGAUGCUGGCAGCGUAGAGACAAGACUCAACAAUAACAACAGUAGCUGGAGCUAGUCCAACUGACUCAAUAACAGUGGCUGUGGAUGGAGUUAGUCCAACUGACUCAAUAACAGUGGCUGUGGAUGGAGUUAGUCCAACUGACUCAAUAACAGUGGCUGUGGAUGGAGUUAGUCCAACUGACUCAACAACAGUGGCUGUGGAUGGAGUUAAUCCAACUGACUCAAUAACAGUAGCAGCUGUGGAUGGAGUUAGUCCAACUGACCCAACAACAGUGGCUGUGGAUGGAGUUAAUCCAACUGACUCAAUAACAGUAGCAGCUGUGGAUGGAGUUAGUCCAACUGACUCAACAACAGUAGCAGCUGUGGAUGGAGUUAGUCCAACUGACUCAAUAACAGUAGCAGCUGUGGAUGGAGUUAGUCCAACUGACUCAACAACAACAACAACAGUAGCUGUGGAUGGAGCUAGUCCAACUGACUCAAUAACAGUAGCAGCUGUGGAUGGAGUUAGUCCAACUGACUCAAUAACAGUAGCAGCUGUGGAUGGAGUUAGUCCAACUGACUCAACAACAACAACAGUAGCUGUGGAUGGAGUUAGUCCAACUGACUCAACAACAACAACAGUAGCUGUGGAUGGAGUUAGUCCAACUGACUCAACAACAACAACAGUAGCUGUGGAUGGAGUUAGUCCAACCGACUCAACAACAACAACAGUAGCUGUGGAUGGAGUUAGUCCAACUGACUCAAUAACAGUGGCUGUGGAUGAAGUUAGUCCAACCGACUCAACAACAGUAGCUGUGGCUGGAGUUAGUCCAACUGACUCAACAACAACAAUAUCAACAGUAGCUGCGGAUGGAGUUAGUCCAACUGACUCAACAACAACAACAGUAGCUGUGGAUGGAGCUAGUCCAACUGACUCAACAACAACAAUAUCAACAGUAGCUGUGGAUGUAGCUAGUCCAACUGACUCAAUAACA